UUGCGUACAUGCUGUCAUAACUGGUAGAAAUCUCGUCAAAACUAGAACUAAUAACAGCUGAAGUAAUUAAAAAUGUUUACAGUACAAAUGUAAGGGCGCGUUCGCGUUAUAAAUUCGCGUCUCGAAGGCUUCGCGACUCUGAUGCGCAGACCAUAACGAAGUCAGCACGUGUAUUAUGCUGUUUUCCUCAUCGCGAAUAGACGUAAAAUUAUAAUAAAAUAAUCGACUCAUUACAAAUACAUUUAUUACAACGAACGCGUUACAUUUUGAUGUGAUAUUGUGGAAUUGUUAACUUGUGAUAGUGUGAAUGUAUUCGUUAAAAAAUUACUAAUUUCUGCUACCGAUGCGAGAAUAUGAGGUGGAUAUUUAAGUUGAAAAAUACAAUUCUUCCACCCUAGAUUUGCACAAGCACACACGACUAAAGGAAAGCAGUGAAGAAUACGAGAAUGGGUACAAAGGAUGACAGUGAGGUCCCAAGAUUUACAGUUUAUCCCGUUACGAAUGAUAACAAGAAGAAUGGCAUACACGUGGGUGCUGCUAUCAUCACACGGCCACUGCGGUCUUCUGUGGAGACGGUGGAACGAGGGGACCCCAACCCUCAACCUGACACCUGGCUGCAUGACGCCGGAUGGAGACGGAAGAGGUCACUGGCCCAACUCACGAGGGAAGCCUUGCCGAGGAUGGAAAAUUAUAGAAACUCUAAACGAGCCUUGAAACGACCCAGUCUUGGUGAACUUCACGGUGAUCAUCUGAUAGAGGAGGAUAUAAAGCAAACCCAGCGGGACACUAAAUCACCAACACCAGCCGGCGGUAUCAAACUAGGAUGGAUUCAAGGAGUGCUGAUACCAUGUUUGCUGAACAUAUGGGGCGUGAUGCUGUUUCUUCGGAUUUCGUGGGUGGUGUCGCAAGCUGGUAUCGGCAUGUCUCUGGUGAUAAUAGCGAUAUCGGCUAUCGUGUGCGUCAUUACAACUUUAUCUAUGAGCGCGAUUUGUACCAACGGAGAAGUGAAAGGAGGUGGUAUUUACUACAUAAUAUCAAGAUCACUGGGUCCAGAGUUCGGCGCUUCUGUCGGCAUCAUAUUCGCGUUCGCAAACGCUGUCGCAGCAAGUAUGAACACUAUUGGCUUCUGUGAUUCCUUGAACGAGCUUCUCCAAAGCCAGGGUCUGAAGAUAAUUGACAACAGUAUCAAUGACGUGAGGAUAGUGGGUGCAGUGGCACUGCUGGUCAUGUGUAUCAUCUGUGCGGUCGGGAUGGACUGGGAGAGCAAAGCUCAGAACUUCCUGAUAGCUAUCAUCGUUGGUGCAAUGGUGGACUUUGUAGUGGGCACUAUUAUGGGGCCCAAAGAUUUGACUGAAGUUGCUGAAGGCUUUGUUGGAUUGAGUGCAACUACGUUUGUGGAGAAUUUCAAUCCGGAUUUCCGGUACAGCGAGAAAUUAGAUCAGGACUUCUUCACUGUUUUUGCCAUAUUCUUCCCGUCCGUGACCGGGAUACAAGCUGGUGCCAACAUUUCUGGUGAUCUUAAGGACCCUGCAUCAGCUAUUCCAAAGGGAACCUUAUUGGCCUUGUUGAUAUCCAUGAUCAGUUAUGCAGCAAUGGUGCUGAUCUCCGGAGGAGGUGCCUUGAGAGACGCCAGUGGAAACGUGACGGACCUUGUUGUGAUGAACGGCACCGUAAUGAACCACAGUGCUCUUAGAAACUGUGUCAACACUACUAUGGGAUGUCAAUUUGGACUUCAUAACAGCUAUUCCGUGAUGCAGCUUAUGUCUGCGUGGGGACCGUUUAUUUACGCUGGAUGUUGGGCGGCGACUCUGUCGACAGCACUAACAAAUCUUCUAUCAGUGCCGCGUCUGAUCCAAGCACUCGGCAUCGACCGCAUCUACCCCGGUCUCAUAUUCUUCUCCAAGCCCUACGGCAAGCACGGAGAACCCUAUAGAGGAUACGUUCUGACAUUUAUCGUCUCUCUUCUCUUUCUGCUUAUAGGUGAACUGAAUACGAUUGCACCACUCAUCUCGAAUUUCUACUUGGCUUCGUAUGCCCUCAUCAACUUUUGUACAUUCCACGCGGCCCUUGUACGUCCUCUAGGGUGGCGCCCUACAUUCCGGUACUACAACGUGUGGGUGUCGUUGCUGGGUUUCCUGCUGUGUGUUGCCAUCAUGUUGCUGAUCAGUUGGGUCAUGUCACUCAUCACAUUCGCGAUAUUCUUCACCCUUUAUCUGAUCGUGCAUUAUCGGCAUCCUGAUGUUAACUGGGGCAGCAGUACUCAAGCUCAGAUGUACAAGACAGCGUUAUCAAGUGCUCAUAAUCUGGCGCGGACAGGAGAACACGUAAAGAACUACUGGCCUCAACUGUUGGUGCUGUCUGGCAAACCCCAGGACAGGCCCGCGUUGGUGGACCUGGGCCAUCUCAUUACUAAAGCUGGAUCUCUAAUGAUUGUUGGCGAUAUAUUACAGAAAAAAUUAUCAUACAAGGAGCGCUCGUACCGCUUGCGAUCGAGUGACGAAUGGCUGCGCGGGCGCAAGGUGCGAGCAUUCUGCACUAACGUUAAUGGGUUCAGCUUCGAGACUGGUGCCCGAGCACUCAUGCAGUCCACCGGCGUUGGCCGCCUUGCUCCCAAUGUACUCCUCAUGGGCUAUAAGAGCGAUUGGACUACCGCUCCGACGAAUGACCUCGUCUCGUAUUUCAACGUGCUGCAUACGGCGUUUGAGACGAAACUGGCUGUUGCGAUACUACGAGUGUCGGGUGGGCUUGACUACGGCUGUGUGACGUCAGAGGAGGUGCCGAGCGGGCUAAGCGAUCUGACAGCCACGUCCAGCGGUAGCGCCGACUUGCGCGUGCGCCGGACGACGCAAAUCAUGCACGCGGACUCCGACCUAGAUAUACGUAACGCGGACUCGCGACCACCUAGCAGACACAAUCUGAAUUUAUUAACAUUGACGACGUCUCGUUCUUUUACGAUAUCUGAGAAGAGUGAUACCAAAGAAAAGAAGAAGGAUAAGAAAGGGACGGAUAUACACAGACAAAUAGUGUACAAGAGCUCUUCAGGGAUAGAGCUGUCGAUGGACCAACUCUCUCAAAUGACGCUAUUCCAAAAAAAAAAGGACGGUGGGACGCUGGAUGUAUGGUGGUUGUAUGACGACGGUGGCCUCACCAUCCUGUUGCCGUAUAUCAUCUCGCAACGAUCGACGUGGGCUAAUUGUAAGCUCCGGGUGUUUGCCCUGGCAAAUCGAAAUAGCGAAAUGGAAUUGGAGGAGAGAAAUAUGGCCAACCUGUUAGCAAAGUUUCGCAUAGACUAUUCUUCAUUGACAAUGGUGCAGGACAUCACAGAAGCCCCAAAAGCCGAGACCAAGAAGCUGUUCGAUGACACAAUCAGAAAGUUUACAGAAGAAGCCAUGGGACCAGAUUGCUUGAUAAGUCAAACAGAACUGGCAACGCUUCACGAGAAGACCAACCGUCAGCUGAGACUUCGAGAGUUGCUGCUCGCAAAUUCAAAAGACGCACAAUUAGUCGUCAUGUCACUUCCAAUGCCAAGAAAGGGCUCGGUGUCAGCACCGCUCUAUAUGUCGUGGUUGGAGAUGAUGAGCCGAGAUCUACCGCCCAUGCUCUUCGUGCGAGGGAACCACACUUCUGUACUUACCUUCUACUCAUAGUUUUUAAUACUUACAAUAUUUAUACUCAUUGCAUUAUUGACACAACAAAUGCAUCUGAGUACUUAUAAUAUGUCACUUUCAGUCUUUCGCUUAUACAGAUUCGCAGUGUGAGAAUUAAUAUUCAGUGGAACAUGUCAAAUUUGUAUAAAUGGACUUUCUUCUCGGUCAAUACGCCUUGACAGAGUGGUCGUGAUUGUCGAGAAGUUUUAAUAAGGGCAGAUGUAAUGGGCCUCACAAUUUCUCGCCAUAUCUCUCUGUUUGAGGGCAUUCCAGUCCAGUCAUACAUGGGGCCGCCCACAGCAGAUUUGAUCUAAUCAGUCCAUCGUAUUCUUCUACCCUGGACGACACAGGACUAAAUUAAAUGUCUAGAAACUGUUAAAAACUUAGAAACUCCUAAUACAACCCACCGCCCAGAACUCAAAUUUGAGAUUAAAUAUUUGGAUAUUUAAGGUUGAUAAUUGGCACCCUGGUUUUAGUUAUAUAUUUAAUUAAGGAAUUGAACGCGACUGUUAUAUCACUGGUAUAUAAACCAUAAGAGCGCUAUGAUGUUUUCAUCUACUGUCACUAGAUGGCGCUCAAACAACAAUCGGUGUGAGAUCGUCUAUAAUAUAUUCUAUGUACGUUAUUAUAUUCUAAGUCUAUUUAAUAUGAUUAAUAUCAAUAAAUAAUACGUAAAAUAACAGUUAAUGUCGCUUAUAGCAAAAGAUUUAUUUUAACGGCCUUACAAAUAAACUUGGUAUAAAGUUAUAACAGAUUAUAAACAAAGAAAAUGCAAAAUAUUUACAUUAUCGUUGACAACAUUGUCAAUACAAUGUUAAUUCUGAAGUUUUUCUAAUGACAAGCUGCUUUGCAAAUAAACGCGGGAAACGUUAUACGUCCGAACAAACCAUUCGUAAGCUAAAUGUCUAUUUGUAUACAUUUUACAUAUUCUUGGUUUAUGCUUAGUUAUAACUUUACGCCAAUUUUAUUUGUAAGGCCGUUAAUCUUUAAUGUCGUUUUAUUCAUUCUGUAUUUUAACCAACCAUAUUUAAGUUAUUGUUUCGCUAAAUACGUUAUGCAACUAUUUAUUUUAUCACUAAUCUUAAUUAUAAUAAUUUAACAGUAAUUAAGUAUUUUAAGUUAACUAAUAUACUAGUAAUGACGGCAUUUUAUAGAAGUAGGUUUAUAAGUAAUAAUAUAGAGAUUCGUAGUUGCUGAUUAUUAUUUUAACUAUACUUAAAUAAAUACUGACAGGUUUGUUAAAUGAUGACAGAAAAUCUGGAGUUUUGGUAGUUCAUGUAGAGAAUAUAAAAGUUAAUUAACUUGAAAACUUGUUUUUAAUCUAUGGUUAUUCUGACUAUUGAAUAUAAACAGAGCCUAAUUUGCAUCAUAUUGAUUGUAAUUUUUUAAGUGAUCUUUUUAGACUCUAAAGAAAUCCAAACUUGUGUUAUUGUUAUUAUGUGCUGUAAAGCAAAAAAAAAUGUGUUAAUAUUUAUCGGUAGGAGUAAUAUUUGUAAAGUACAUAUUUUAUGUUUAUAUAAAAUGAUAUUUUGCUUUCAACUCUAACAUCUGAAAUAAUUUUUGUUAUUAAUUUACUUCUGGCAAUGUUUUAUGCUGUGUUAAUUUAUUAAUUUAAUUUAGGUAUUUUGUUUAACUUUUAAUUUGAAAUUUUAUUUAUGAUAAUAUCCCACGUAUUAAUUUUGGAACAAAAUUUUAUGAACAAGUUUAUAAACUAGUUAUGUUAAGACAUUAUAUUAUUUUACUGUAGCAAUAAAGGAGUUUAUAUUUU